CCCUCAAGUUAAACUCGUCAGACUUUCACAUUUUUUCACUUCUAGGAGUGAGACAGCAGCGAUUGAAGAAGAGAUCAGAAAUCAUCCAGGAAAAGUUACUAAAUAUUACAUUCACACCUGAGAUGGAUAAAGACCUACAGACCACUCUGCUGCAAAUCAGUGAUGAGCUCACAGAUAAAGAAUUAGAGGCCAUGAUCUUUUUAUGUGGAAAGAAUUUAAAAGAAGGAGAUAAGGAAAACAUAAAAGAGGGAACAACGCUGUUUUCAACUCUGAAGAAGAAAGGUUUUGUUUCAAAAGACAAUUUGCUUUUUCUUAAAGAACUUCUGAGUAAAAUAGGUAGAAAAGAUAUCUUAGCAAAUGUCCUAAAGACUACAGAAAAUGAAAUGGAAGAGCUUGAAAGAUCCUUCCAGCAUGUUCCCAAAUACAGGUCCCUGCUUUAUGAUAUUUCUAUGAAUCUAGCCUCUGAAGAGACUGAGAAAAUCAUGUUUUUGUUAUCUGAUGAGAUAAGGCACCUUCGUACCCUUAACAAAGCAAAAUGCAUGAUGGUGGUCCUUUCUGAAAUGGAGAAACAAAGAAAAUUAAGUGAAGAUAAUCUGAAAAUGUUGAAAUCUUAUUUAGAGGAAAUCGGACGAUCAGACCUCUCUCACAAAGUAAAGAAAUUUGAAGAGCAGUGUCAUCAGAGUGUGCUUCACACUAAAUUAGAGAAAAUGGCUAUUCAAGAAGCAUCAGGCGGUGAUGUAAAUGUAAACAGCGUUCAGCACGAUAAUGAGAAUGAUCCAUCACUAACAGAUAAACAAUUUGAAGAAUACAAGCUGGACAAAAUCCCACAUGGUCUGUGCGUUGUUGUGGAUAAUAACAACUUCAGUGAAGCCAGGGAAAGUGGAAUGGAAAUGGAGGACAGGCCUGGGACACACCAGGAUGCAGAGACAAUAUGCAGUGCUUUUAGUUCACGCGACUAUGAAGUAAUUCAACACAAUGAUCUUACUGGUGAACAAAUGCUGAAUACUAUUAAGAUCCAUGCAAAGGAGAAUCACGCUGAAAAAGACAGCUUUGUGUGUUUUGUACUCAGUCAUGGGGAAAAAGGGAUUGUGUUUGGUACAGAUGGAAAAAAGGUGCCAGUCAAUAGCCUAACAGACUGCUUUAAUGGUCUGCAAUGUCCAUCACUAGUUGGGAAACCCAAAGUCUUCUUCUUUCAAGCAUGCCAAGGAGAUAAAUCUGAUACAGGUGUCCUCUAUGUCAGUGACAGCAUUUCAUCGGUGUAUGUAAAUGAUGCCCUUGGCCAAAAACUUCCAAUAACUGCGGAUUUCUUAACAGCUUUUGCCAGUGUUGAAGAGUAUGAAUCUUUAAGGUGCACAACAACUGGCUCUGUCUAUAUUCAGACUCUCUGUUCAGUCCUACAGAAUCAUAAAUUUUUCACAACAGACUUGAUAAGAAUUCUUACACAUGUGCAGAAUAAGAUAGCAGAUAGAGAUUUCACCAUAAAAAAAAAAUUUGGAUAUCUGAAAGUGAAGCAGAUGCCAACGCAUCAAUCUAAAUUGCGUAAAAUACUGAUUUUACCACCCCCGUCCAAUGGACAACAAGCAAGCUAAUUACCUCAUAUAUAGGAAACAACAAAUAGCACAAUGUGAUUUUAAUCUGACAUGCAACCUGAACAAUCUGGAGUAAAGACGACUGAAAGUGCAAGACUUCUCGUAAUUUAGAGAAACUAUUAUUAUAGUAAAAUAUUCUAUGUUUUUAAUUACGUGAUUUUAUCUUGAGUCUUAUAACUAU